AUGCCCGGAUCGGCCAACGUGGACAAGCCUUUGCCUGAGCUUGCUCCGCCCUCUGUGUCAUCUGACCCACAGCCCAAUGGCAUGACAGACGUGGAUCAGAUCGGGCACGAAGUGCGCUGGAGACACGCCUACAAGCCCAAAACGAUUGUCCGACCCGGCGCAGAACGACAAGAUCCAAGCAGCUCAGCAGAUUGCUACGAGCUCGCCAUAUCGCCGAGCAGUCCGUCCGGGCAAAAACGCUCGUCCGGCAGUAUCCGAAAGCAGGAAGUCAAAGCUUCUCAGCGUUUCGCAUCUCUGUCCUGUUCAGAGGCGUCUGUCAAAGCAUUCCCGAGCCAAAGUACGGCAAACUGUCAGUCGAUAGAGGAUGUUGCGCAAGAAAGAGAUCUGCGAGUGGGCAAGGCCGCGGGUGUUCGUACACGUGCAGCCAGUUUCGGUGACCUUGCCAUCAUGAAGAGUAUCAGAAAACCCAAGUCGAGCGUGCUGAAGCGACAAGGAUCUGCGCGCUCGAUCGAAGAUGCUGGGAGCGGUGGCGAGGAGCCGACGCCUUCACGUGACGAUAGAGGCACGGCCUCAAAGCUACGCUCGGUUUCAGUGCGUUCCGUGGACAGCAAGGACAGGAAGCAUGCACGACGACUCGCGUCAAUCUCAUCUAUCAUGGCACUCCGGCCUGACCUGGAUGGUCCCAAGACAGAGACUGCCUUUCAUGGCGACAUCGUUGCCAUCUCCCACGGGCGGACGCCCUCGAACAGAAUCGACGUGCGCUUUCCUUGCGUAGCCGGUCGAUCAGAAGAGGCGACGACGACGACGCGCAAGCUGUCGCUCUCCCGCCCGAUCUUGUCGGGCGUGCGUCCACUGACUACCAGUCAGACGUCGCAGAUUAGCAGUCGAAUGCAGCAGAGGGUCAAGAACCUUCAACCGAAGCUUGCCUUCUUCAGGGACACGUCGCCAUCGCGAUCGGGCCCGGAGACAGAUACGCCCGAUUCUCCGACGACUCAGGGCGGUGGUGGGAAGCCGAAGAAGAAGAGCGCGUUUGCUGCUCUGGUAAGCAGCAAGUCGAAGCGCAGACCGCCCUUUGCGUAUCAGAUGCCGGUGUCAGCGGCGAGCAGUGACAGCAGUCUAGAGAUCAGCUGCGCUGGCUCGCACCGGCUUUCGAGGAUGCAAGUGGUCAAACGAGCGCUUGGCUCAUCGAGUGACAAGAACGCUUCGGCGGAGGCGUGA